GGCCACGAACUUGCUCGCUUUGCUUUCUCCGUCCCAUUUCCACUUUUCGCCACUCCAAAUUCUCUCUCCCUUUUUCUCUCUACCAGUCCAUCAAUGGCUUCGAUCACAGCUUCAUCAUCCUGUCUGCGAUCUGCAGCUCCUCAAUCGCGCCAAAUCGCUGCAAUAUCCAAGAUUUCUGGUUCAAAGACGGUUUCGUUUUCUUACCAAGGGAGAAACAAUUUCUCUUCUAGAAGAUUACAGUCGCUUCGAAUUUCAUGUGCUGCCAAACCAGAGACAGUUGAAAAGGUUAGCAGAAUAGUGAAGAAGCAAUUGGCAUUGCCAGAUGAUUCCACUGUUAAUGGCGAGUCCAAAUUUUCAACGCUUGGAGCUGAUUCUCUUGACACGGUGGAGAUCGUGAUGGGACUUGAAGAAGAGUUUGGGAUAAGUGUGGAAGAGGAGAGCGCACAGAGCAUCACAACCGUUCAAGAGGCUGCAGAUAUGAUUGAGGAUCUCAUCCUCAAAAAGAGUGCUUAAAUAUAUUCCCACUCCUUCAAGGGUGAGCCGAGCAAGCCCCCCUUUUUUACCCUUUUGCCCUUCGGUUUCUUUUACUCGCACUGUCCAUGUCAUGUCAUCACACUGGUAUUUGAAAGAGGCUGUAGUCUUCGAUCUCUCUCCCUCUCUCUUUAAUCUACAUUUUAAUGCUAAUUAAUGUAUUAGGUCUUAAAAUAAUUAUAUGGCUUUUGUUUCCUAGUAAUUCUCUUUUCCAGAAAA